GCGCCGGGGCCGGUGUUGGCGCCGCGCUCCCCCGUCUCGCUGCCCCGGGGCCGCGGGCCCCGCCACCGCCCGCAAGAUGCCGCUGGGGCUGAAGCCCACCUGCAGCGUGUGCCGCAGCACCUCCUCCUCCAUGUGGAAGAAGGGCGGCCAGGGGGAGAUCCUGUGUAACAACUGCACGGCCCGCUCCGCGCCGCCCGGGCCCGCCGCCUUCGCCACCACCUCGGCCGCCGCCCAGCACAGCAACGGCGGAGGCGGUGGCGGCGGGAAGCAGAGUAAGCAGGAGAUCCACCGGCGGUCAGCGCGGCUGAGGAACACCAAGUACAAGUCUGCGCCCGCCGCCGAGAAGAAGGUUUCCACGAAGGGCAAGGGGAGGAGGCACAUCUUUAAGCUAAAAAACCCCAUCAAGGCUCCUGAGUCUGUAUCCACUAUAAUUACAGCAGAAUCUAUCUUCUAUAAGGGUGUAUACUAUCAGAUUGGAGAUGUUGUCUCAGUGAUUGAUGAGCAGGAUGGGAAAACAUACUAUGCUCAGAUCCGUGGGUUUAUUCAGGACCAAUACUGUGAAAAGAGUGCUGCACUAACCUGGCUCAUCCCUACGCAGGCCAGCCCCAAAGAUUGCUUUGACCCAGCAUCCUAUAUCAUAGGACCAGAAGAAGAUCUCCCAAGGAAAAUGGAAUAUUUAGAAUUUGUGUGUCAUGCACCUUCAGAAUAUUUCAAGUCUCGAUCAUCUCCAUUCCCUACUGUUCCUACAAGACCAGAGAAGGGCUAUAUAUGGACUCAUGUGGGACCUACUCCUGCAAUAUCCAUUAAAGAAACUGUUACCAAUAAUUUAUAAUUUUUUAAGGAAUACGUUGGACAAGUUAUUUUGGGUGUGUUCUCAGGUCUGUGAACCCCAUACAAGAACUUAAAAACAUUAUAAAAUGUUCAUUUUACUUUA